GCUGCUGGGCUAAGGCCGGCCCUAAAGACUCUCGCUCCUUUCUUCUUGCUGCUCCACCUCCUCAAACUUUCCGCUUUCCACCGUUGAAAGUCUCCUGGGCAUCUAGCUGGCUCCAGCCCUCCCACAUUCGCUGCAAGACGAAAAACCCUCUAAAAGCCGCAGUCUCAUCAGAGAGAGGAAAGCAGCCGACACUCCGCCCGGAACCAGAAGGACGAAGCACCGAGGCGGGCGGGGUGGCGCGCGCUCCCGCUUGGGCGCGGCCCCCUCCAGCCCCCGACCCCGCCCUCCGCGGACGCGCCGCGGCGGACACGCGCCCGCCCCCCUCGACGGAGACGCGCCGGGGGAAGCGCGCGGCCGUCAGUCCGGGCGCCAUUUUGGACUCGGUGUCUGGGCCCGCGGUGCAGGGGUAACUACGCGGGGCUCGCAGCUCGCUGAAGGCGGCUCUUGAGGGGACUGGGGGUCCCGGCAGAAGCACGCAGGCCGCGCGGGACUGAGAAGAGAGGCUUUUCCCUCGGCCGUCAGAGCCGCAAAGGUGGAGCCGAGUUGGCGCCCGCCCCGGGACCAGCGCCUCGGAUGCGAGCGGAGCGCGGGGGGCGGCGGAGGCGGGAGCGCGAGGCGCGGGGCCCCGGGGGCCUCAUGUGAGAGCCACGGGACCAGCCGCCCCCGGAGCCCGGGGUGCUGUGUUGGGGAAGCCGCCCCUGGCAGCAGGAUGAAACGAGGAGGAGGAAGAGAUAGUGACCAUAAUUCAUCAGAAGAAGGUACCGCAGAGAAAUCCAAGAAACUGAGGACUACAAGUGAGCCUUCUCAGACUUGUGAUUGGGGUAAUCUCCUUCAGGACAUUAUUCUUCAAGUAUUUAAGUAUUUGCCUCUUCUUGACCGGGCUCAUGCUUCGCAAGUUUGCCGCAACUGGAACCAGGUAUUUCACAUGCCUGACUUGUGGAGAUGUUUUGAAUUUGAACUGAAUCAGCCAGCUACAUCUUAUUUGAAAGCUACACAUCCAGAGCUGAUUAAACAGAUUAUUAAAAGACAUUCAAACCAUCUACAAUAUGUCAGCUUCAAGGUGGACAGUAGCAAAGAAUCAGCUGAAGCAGCUUGUGAUAUAUUAUCACAACUUGUGAAUUGCUCUUUAAAAACACUUGGGCUUAUUUCAACUGCUCGGCCAAGCUUUAUGGAUUUACCAAAGUCUCACUUUAUCUCUGCACUGACAGUCGUGUUUGUAAACUCCAAAUCCUUAUCCUCGCUUAAGAUAGAUGAUACCCCAGUAGAUGAUCCAUCCCUCAAAGUACUAGUGGCCAACAACAGUGAUACGCUCAAGCUGCUGAAAAUGAGCAGCUGUCCUCAUGUCUCUCCAGCAGGUAUCCUCUGUGUGGCAGAUCAGUGUCAUGGCUUACGUGAGCUGGCCCUGAAUUACCAUUUGUUAAGUGACGAAUUGCUGCUUGCUUUAUCUUCUGAAAAACAUGUUCGAUUAGAACAUUUGCGCAUUGAUGUGGUCAGUGAGAAUCCUGGACAGACACACUUCCAUACUAUUCAGAAGAGCAGCUGGGAUGCUUUCAUCAGACAUUCACCAAAAGUGAACUUAGUGAUGUAUUUUUUUUUAUAUGAAGAGGAAUUUGAUCCAUUCUUUCGGUAUGAAAUACCUGCCACCCAUCUUUACUUUGGGAGAUCAGUAAGCAAAGAUGUGCUUGGCCGUGUGGGAAUGACAUGCCCUAGACUAGUUGAACUAGUAGUGUGUGCUAAUGGGUUACGGCCACUUGAUGAAGAGUUAAUUCGCAUUGCAGAACGUUGCAAAAACUUGUCAGCUAUCGGACUAGGGGAAUGCGAAGUCUCAUGUAGUGCCUUUGUUGAGUUUGUGAAGAUGUGUGGCGGCCGCCUGUCUCAAUUAUCCAUUAUGGAAGAAGUAUUAAUUCCUGACCAAAAGUAUAGUUUGGAGCAGAUUCACUGGGAGGUGUCCAAGCAUCUUGGUAGAGUAUGGUUUCCAGACAUGAUGCCCACUUGGUAAAGACCAAAUGACAUAGGGCAUGAUGAGCAGCACCUUCACUUUAAGCGUAUUGUAUUAUAAUAGAAGUUUAUUUCCUGUGCGUCUGAUGUAAUUCUACUAUUUUGUGGCACAGAAAUUUGGUAUCUUCACUGAGUAUAUAAGGAUUGUUUUUUGGAAGACCCAUGGACCAGCUUUGGUCAGAAAACUUCAUCUAUUUCUUUAGCCUAAUAGUCAAAUCAAAAAAAGUGAUUCAAAUCUGAAAGGAAUGACCAGUAAUAAAGAUUAAGCAUUUUACAGUCUGAGGGAAAUGAAACCUAUAUAUUACAGUAUCUAAUUGAAUAGUAAUAGGUUUUCCAAAAUGUUAUGUUCUCUAUGCAUUUUUUAAAAAUGUAAACUUGACAUUUUAGGGUCUUCAGUUAUACAUACACACCUGUUAUAAGGUGUUUAAUAUAGCUCAGGAAAGUGAGCAUUUUGUGAGAAAAAUGUAGGAUAUAUCGUAUCUAAUGAAAAAUACUGAAUGUUCUAAAAUGUUACAAAGCUGUUUUAAAGAGGUACAUAUAAUUAAUUGGAAUACUUAAACUGAUAAAUGUCACAUAGUAUGUGAAGGAUAAUAAACAGAGCCAAGAUCAAAUUAAAAGAAAAUGAAUGGAAUAGAAGGAAGGCAGUGUUUAUUAGCUUUGUAUAAACUUUUAGGAUUGCUCUAUAAUCUGCUAAACUAUCAGUUCUUUUCUGUGAUACAUUACUAUGUAUGUGGCACUUGGGGCAUCAUAUAUAAAGUAACGAAUGGUUUACCAGUUCUCCUUGGGCUUAUCUCUGUUUAAACUAGUUUUGAAGUAUUAUACUGUAAUCGAAAUGAGAAGUUUAUCUGUUUUAAAAAGCCAAAUUGAAAUAAUUAAAAGUAGAACUUCAAAAUGUUUGUUUAUAAGUUGUUUCCAUGCAAGGAUAGUAGUCUCCAGUAAAUUUUAGUGAUGGUUCAUUUUUACAUUUUGGAAUUACAGUUAUGUAAAUAGAAUUUUCAAAAAUCCUAAAAGGAGCACCAGUGUACAGUUUAGCAUAAACAGUAAAUUUAAAAGAGUAUAUAUUUAAGUUUAUAAUCAAAUUUUUAAGUAAAUAUUCUUAGUGGACUGGAAAAUUUUAAUAGAAAAAUGUCUGCAAUUUUGUGAUUGUUACUUUGGUUAAACUGAUAUUAUUUAAGUAAGGUAGCAUUUUUACUUUCAUACAUUGUAGAAUCUGCAAAAAUACUAAGUUUGGGGGUACAUUUAUUUUUUUUUGUUUUUUGAUAUUAUAUAAACUUUGAUUCUGAGCACUAGUGCUAGUAGAUAAUUACCUCCUGAGGGAAAUAAGAAGUGAUUUACCCCCAGUGGAAUAUAUUAAUGCUUGAAGCUUAGAAAGCAUCUUGGUAGAUAUGGAAGCUGAUGUCUCAUGGAUCUAAUCUAUUUUUAAAAAUAGAUUACCUCCCUAAGAAUUAAUUAAAGGGUGAUUUUUCUGUAUAAUUUAUGCUUUCAAAAGUGAUGGUAUUCUGACCACAUAUAAAUGAGAAGAAAAAAAAGCUGAUCCAGACAUGGAAAUUAAAAGCAGUUAUUGUAAUGUUCCUUCCUCUUACUAAACAGUUAAAAUCUUUUGAUUGUACAAGAAAUACCUGUGUUUGUGGAUGAAGCUUUUUUCCCUUGAAUAACUUUGGAAAAUGGAUUUGACAGUAUGUAAUCAGUUCUACUAACCAAAGCUUAACUUGGAAAUUUACUUUUUGUACAAAUUGAAUUAUACAGUGCUUGAAAUACUUGUAAGUCACUUUAUAAGCAAAAUGCAUAGCACUUAAUUUGUUUAAACUAUAGAAUAUAUGCUAAAUGCUUUUAUCAGUUUAAGAAUAAAAAUAGUUACUAAUGCUGUUGUAUUAGUUUUUAAAACUA